ACUUCUCCUUUGAGCACUACUACUAGUGUAAUUUUGUGACGAGAUCUAGCCGCUGGCAUACCCACUCGCUCCACCUAUAGGCCAUAACUGUACUGUAUUGUUUCAGAAAGAGAGAGGAGAGAGAGAGAGAGAGACGUUGUUGACUGUUUAUCUACAUAACUUUCCCCAAUUUAUCCCAUCUCGUAGGAGUAUCUAUCUAUCUAUCUAUCUUGUGUUUGUUGUUGGUCUUCGCAAUUUAUCUUCUCCCUCUAAACCCCUCUCUCCCAUGGCGCUACCAAACCCCUCCACAACAACCCUCCUCUUCCUCCACCUCUGCGUCGCCGUUUCCUCCCUAAGAUCCGCCUCCUCAGCACCGCCCCCGAUCUGCCCUUCCCAACCCCAACCGGCGUCGUUUUUGGACGCUCUCCAAUCUACGUGGCCCCUCUCUUUCCCUCUCAAUUCCCCCCUCGAGGUAAAUGGUGAUGUCCUUGAUGGAACUUUGACAUCCAAACAGCAUAAUGUAUACACCUCAGUACUCUUCUAUGCUUCAUGGUGUCCAUUCUCUCAUGAUGCUCAGUUGAUAUUUAAAGCCUUGAGUUCCAUGUUUCCUCAAAUUGAACAUUUGGCAGUCGAACAAUCAUCAGCAAUGCCAAGUGUACUUUCAAGAUAUGGGAUCCAUAGCUUGCCUACGUUUUUAAUGGUGAACCAAACAUCAACAAUGCGAUUUCGCGGCCCUAAAGAUCUCCACUCCCUCGUAAAAUUCUACGAGAAAAUCACGGGAUUUGAACCUGUUCACUAUGUUCCGGUGGAUCAAUCCCCUAAUUCGGAGGGCAGUGGAAAAUUUGUCAUGCAGUCGUGGAUGGGGGCAUCGCUAAAUGAGAUAGUAACAACAGAACCAUACUUGUUAUUCUCUCUGUUAUUCCUCCUUUUGAGAAUCCUGGUCUUCAUCUUCCCGAAAGUCGUAUCUCGCUUCAGGGCAUUCCGGGCGUGGUACAUACCGCAUCUAAACUUGGAAAUAUUUGGAGAGACAAGCCACGUAUUGGGUCGUGUCCGCCAGAUGGUGAAUGUGGAGAGGAUUUGGGCAAAGAUGAGAGUUUUCAAGACCAGGAACUUCCGCGAAGGUGCAAAGAAUGCCCGAGUAUGGGCUUCAUCUUUGGCUUCAGUGUCACUGGGUGAAACCUCAUCGUCGAGAUUAUAAUCCUAACGUUGAAUGCGCGAUCAUUUAUCAUGUCGAACUGAUUGGAAAAUGGAGCUUCCCAAUCCGGAGAUAACAGAUUGCUGCGAUGGCCGCCUCUCUCACACAUGCGCACACACACACACACACAUCCGAAAUUACUGCACUCGUGAGUUGUGUCAACAGCUGAAUCUGGUCACACUUUGUGUUGGCUGUGUUUUUCCCAAUUAUGCAACCACGUAUAUUUAUGAAUGGCUACAUCUGUGUAUAUUAACUUGGAAAUUUUAGAGUGGCCUGUUUAUAUACUUCCGAAA